AGCACUGAAAUAGCAUUCCGUCUGAGUUUGUUGUUGCAUCAGCAGAGUGGAGCUGGGCUCGGUGCAGGGUCUCCAUUCACACAGUACAGUCCUCUGGAAACAUGAGUACAGGAGUGUGUAAAUCCCCCAUGGAGGUGGCCGUGUAUGAGCUGCACAAUUUCUCCAUUUCCUUCUUUUCCUCCCUGCUGGGGGCAGAUGUCGUGUCUGUUAAGCUGGAUAACAGUGCUUCAGGUGCUAGUGUUGUUGCAAUAGAUAGCAAGAUUGAGCAAGCUAUGGAUUUGGUCAAAAACCAUCUUAUGUAUGCAGUGCGGGAAGAGGUGGAAGUCCUGAAGGAACAGAUCAAAGAGCUGGUGGAGAAAAAUUCUCAGCUUGAAAAGGAAAAUUGUCUAUUAAAGAAUCUUGCCAGCCCAGAGCAGAUGAAAAAGUUCCAGUCCCGGCUUCCUGUAGAUGAGACCAGGGAGAUUUCAAGUCUAGAUUUUGUGCAUGCAACCCAACCAUGCUCUGCGGGAUCUGCAGUUUAAGUGGCUCUGUCUUUGGAGUGGACAGAGCCACAGAACUUAACCUAACCGUCUCCUCAAUAAUGAGGCAAAAAAUCUGUUUCCCCACUUCUUUAAAAUGUCACCUUGGUCUCGAGGGUCAUUGACUAGCCAAUAUAGGCACCAUGAGAUGUGCCAGGGCUAGAGCAGGCUUCCUCACAAGUCUUUACUUCAAGAGAAGAAUGAGAGAAACCAUUCGUGGACUCUUUGAGAAGAGUACCAGUAAGACAGAGCUUGCCCAGUAUGGAACCUGCCUUGGUGUCAAGCUUUUGCUGCAAAGCCAAUAUAAAGGCAGAAGCUUUUGAAGAAGUCAAUAGCUUGUUUCUGAAGAGUUCUGCAACCAUGGAGUACAAAGUUGGUCAGAGGGAUCAUCUCUGCAUGGCUUGACCAUAAACUAUUCUUAAGCGAAAAACAGAGAUUGGUCCUUUCCAAAUGUAAGGACUGGUGUAGGAUAUGUUGCUACAUUCGCCUAAAGAGUAAAGCCAAGCCUGAGAUGCACCUAAACACUUUGAAAUGGAAAUCUUUAGUUAGAUGGCACAUAUUAGUCCUAGUUAAAGGAGGUUUUCUAAGAGCCCCACUUAUAACAGGACUGUAAGCAUGGGUUUACACAGAUGGUGUUCACUGUUGGAUAAGCGGUUGCCAUAAAGUCUUCGUAAAGGCUUGGGAUAUACCAUAUGUAACAUGGACACUGUUAAUCUUUAUUUCUCCAUUUUUUUUUUAUUUUUUUUUAUUUUAUAAAUGUCUACAAUGGAUUGUAUUUCUCUGAUUUUGUUUCCAUUUGUCUUUAUUCAAAAGCACAUGGGCUGACAGAGCCUCCUGUAAAGUUCACAUGACACUUUAAAAUCUGGGAAAAGUAAGUUGAGACCUUUUUUUUUAUACUACAAUACUUUUGGACAAAGUUCAAACAAUAAGCUUACAUGGAGCAAUGGAAUCAGUACUUUCUGCUGUUUAAUGCUAUUUUAGAUCUGCAAUUGUACAUAACUCAAUACAUUUUGCAAUAAAACCUUUUGAUAUAUAACUA